AUGGAGAGUUUCGUGAAUGACGCACAUGUGAAGAAGCAUUCAAAAGGGAUCGAAACCAACCAGCAGCAACAAGAUGAUGAUGGUAUCUUUGCUCGCUCUCCACAUUUACGUGAAUUUUUUUGUGGUGGUACAGCAGCUGCCAUUAAUAUCGUUGUCACUUUUCCACCUAAUAAAGUGAUGUUUCGUCAACAGUUACUUGGGUUAAAUACAUGGCAAGCUAUGGAAAAUAUCCGUAAUGAAGGCUGGAUGAUGUUAUAUCGAGGCGUUAAACCACCGUUAGUACAAGCAAUGGUGUCCAAGUCUCUUAUGUUUGGAUUAUACAAUUUCUACGAUGAAUUAUUGAUCCAGAAGUUUGGAGAGCAGCCAGGACUUCAUUGCAUUGCAGCAGGGAUGGCAGGCACGUCCGAGGCGGUGCUCGCACCAUUUGAGAGAGCACAGACGUUACUACAAACGCCCAAGUUUAAUCGAAAGAUUGCAGGCGCGUAUGAUGCGAUGGUUCAUAUUAACAAAUAUGGAGUGAAAGAGCACUAUCGUGGACUUUCAGCGAUUUUAUGUCGUAAUGGACCGGGCAAUAUUUUGUUUUUUGGCCUACGUGGACCACUGCGAGAGCUUUUUCCAAGAGGAGAGACGACAGCGACAAUCAUGGCGAACGACUUUAUAAGUGGCGCCAUGCUGGGCGCUGUUAUCAGUACAUUUACAUAUCCUAUCAACGUGGCACGGACACGUAUGCAGAGUGUAUACGGACAAUCUUUUAUUGGGCCGUGGGAGGCGUUGCAGCUUACUUAUCAAGAACGUGGUCGAAGCGUGGCGAAAUUGUACCGCGGCGUGCAGAUGAAUUUUCUUCGCUCGCUGUUGUCAUGGGGCAUUAUUAAUUCUACAUAUGAGAAGCUGAAAUCAAUAACAUGA